AUGAAUGCCACGGAGACCCGCGUUUGGGAGUCAAUAGUUCCCCCUGCUAUACAUUUUACAUUAGGGAUCCUGGGUAAUGGAAUCGCAUUAACUGUGAUUUUUCUCUCUACACAUCAACACAAAUGGCGGCCUUUUUAUCGCUUGGUAGCAGCCCUGGCAUUCACUGACGGCGGAGGAAUACUUUUGGUGUAUCCGACAGUAAUGAUCCGGUACACUAGUAAUUUUUCCUACAAGUUUCCGGACGCUUUGUGUGGGUACAGUUCUUUCAUUUUCUCCUUCACCAUUUUGUGUUCUGCUAUGCUCAUUUUUGCCAUGUCCUUAGAUAGAUUCAUGGCAAUAGUUUUUCCAUUCAUUGUGAUAUUAGCCCACGCUGUAGGAGAGAUGUCGGGACAGGGUAAUAGGGAACUGCUUGUUCUCCGGCUAGCCGUUUCUAACUCCAUCGUAGAUCCCUGGAUUUAUAUACUGAUACGGAAAGAAACAUUGGAAGCUGUCAGACGAUUCUUGAAAUUUACCCAAGGGAACUUGUAUGGCCUCUGUCUAUCACCGAAGAAGAUUGCAGUGUCGAAGAAAUUAUCUUCCGAGUCACGAUCUCAAUGUAUAGCAGAGACGCCUGGAGCCAUCUCAUCCAAAACAGUAACGCAGACAAAUUUUUAA